UUUCUCAUUUUCAUUUACUUCACUUCUUCACCUCGACUGGGUUGGACACAUACGGAGUCCUUCCUUGUCACUUUAUAUUUACAAUAUUUUUACGGAUCAAUUUCAUAAUUAUUAAGCGCUCACUUGCUAAACAAGGCUCAGCGUCACUAUUAAUUGAGCUUGUUGUACCCAUUUUAUAUUGUGCCCAUAAAUACAUUUUAUAUAUUGGAGGUCCGAUUGGUUUAUCAAGGUCGACAGAAAAGAAAUAACAUGUUUCCCACCCGAUAUUUUAUUUUUAUGAUGAUAAUCAUUGAGGCGUCAAGUGGUCCACUGCCUGACGAAAGAACGGCGCAUUUAAGUCGUCCCAACCGCCCAGAGGGACUGGAAAGAUUCCUUGGACUUGGCGUUGUCUUGCCGUAUCCUUAUUUUCAAAAGCCACAGUAUCGAUUUCCCGUGUAUGACCGAGAGGGGAGAGGCUACCUCGCUUACGGAUACGGAGGCAAGGAGACAUUCCGCUAUACCAAGUUUGACCAGAGUGAAGGUCAUCAUUAAGUGUCAGCGUCGUUGGCUAGAUAAAUGCGAAAAUUUGACUUUGUAAAACUUUAUAUUGUCAAAAUCCAAAAAUAUUAUGUACAAAGACAUGGUUAUUUGUUAAAAAAAACUCUGAGCAUAGUUAUAAUGACUUACACUACCCGAUCUCAUUAAUUAAAUUCGUAAGUUAUGCUAUCGUUUGACUAUGUACAUGCAUAGUUUUAUAAAUGACAAUAAAUAUAUACUAUUACAUAUAACAUGAAA